UCUUUCCUUUCCGCUGUUAAAUAUGACAAGCAUGCAUUUUGGAUACUGUUAUGUUACCAUUUUUCAAGAAGUGGAACAACUCAGUUCAACUCAUUUUGAAAAAAUUUCACGACGUGCGAAAUUUAUUGCCCAGCGGUCCUGCACAUGCAAGGCAGAGCGAUCGACAAGUCAUGUUAUAAACGUAUGAAAUUUAUUGCCGACGCUGCUCUUCGUCGAACUUCUCUUCGUUCUCAUUUGUUUAUUAUGAUCUCCAUGUGAUUGCUUCAAUCACGCUCCCGACUCAUCGUUUUAAACUGCACCCUCAUGAAGGAGAAGCAGCAUUCUUUAAAGGUAAAUUAAGCACCGUCAUCCUCAACUGCAUCCAAACUCCACCAUGGUCGACAGGUCCCUCUUACCAGCCGCUCUCUCUAUCCUCCUCUUAUCACUCCACCGCGCCUCCUUCGCCCUUCCACUCUCCACCAACUCCCGAUGGAUCGUCGACGACCAGACCGGGAAUCGCGUCAAGCUCGCCUGCGUGAACUGGGCGUCUCACCUCGACGCGGCCGUCGCCGAGGGCCUGGACAAGCAGCCGCUGGACAACAUAUCCAGACUCAUAUCCACCAUGGGCUUCAACUGCGUCCGGUUCACAUGGCCCCUCUUCCUCUUCACCGACGACUCCUACUCCAACCUGACCGUCAGGUCCUCCUUCGAGAGCUUGAAUCUCAUCGACUCGGUUGCUACUCUGCAGUUUCACAACCCUCAUCUCAUCGAUCUCCCACUGACCGAUGCCUUUAAGGCCGUUGUAUCAAGCCUUGCUGCCAACUCCAUCUUCGUGAUAUUGGACAAUCACAUCAGCAAGCCCGGGUGGUGCUGCAGCAAUUCCGAUGGAAAUGGCUUCUUCAAUGAUCAGUACUUCGACCCCGGUACCUGGAUCAGCGGCUUGGCGCGUGUGGCCUCCAUGUUCAACGACACGCCCCAAGUGGUGGGAAUGAGCUUGAGGAACGAGCUGCGCGGCCCCAAGCAGAACCAGCAGCAGUGGUUCCAGUACAUGCAGAAAGGCGCGGAGGCUGUGCACUCCGCUAACCCUCAAGUUCUGGUCAUACUCUCAGGGCUAAGCUUUGACACAGACCUCAGCUUUGUAAGGAAGAGCGGAGGAGGCACUUCGGUGAAGCUGAGCUUUCCCAACAAGUUGGUGUUCGAGUUGCACUGGUAUGGGUUCUCUGAUGGUCAGGCGUGGGUGAACGGAAACCCAAAUCAGGUGUGUGGUUCGGUGGUGAGCAGCUUCAUGAGGAGGGGGGGCUUCCUGCUGACAGGGGCCAAUGGCAAUGGUGGUGGCAGUGAAGCAGGGGAAGGAGGGGAGGAGUACUACCCAUUGUUCCUGAGUGAGUUCGGUGUGGAUCAGAGAGGGGUGAACGUAAAUGACAACAGGUACCUGAACUGCAUACUGGGGGUGAUGGCGGAGAUGGACAUGGACUGGGCUUUAUGGACGCUACAGGGCAGCUACUACUUGAGGGAAGGCAAGAUUGGCCUGGACGAGACGUAUGGACUGCUCAACCAGAACUGGUCUGCCCCAAGGAACGGGAGCCUCCUUGCAAGGAUUUCCGUCCUUCAGUCCCCAUUUCAAGGUCCGGGUCUAUCACAGGAGAGCUCAUACCAAUUGAUUUUCCACCCACUGACGGGCCUCUGCAUCACAAGACAGUCGACACUCUUGGAGCCAUUGAAGCUCGGACCUUGUACUGAUUCGGGCGCAGCCUGGACCUACACAACGGACCACACUCUGCAGAUGAAGGAGAGCCCGGUCUGUGUUGCUGCGAUUGGCCAAGGCAAGGCGGUCAAGCUUGGAAACUUUUGCUCGGAUGCCAACUCCAGAUGGAACCCCAUCUCCGCCUCCAACCUGCAUCUUGCAUCUAACUCCUCCGAUGACACCCUCAUCUACUGCAUGGAUGUCGACUCCAACCAAAAUGUCGUCACCAACCCCUGCAAAUGCUUAGAAGGAGACAAGAAAUGCGACCCUGCAAGCCAAUGGUUCAAGAUUGUCAGUACUACCAGGGAUCUGUUAAGAGUCACCACCGACUCAAGAGUCAUCACCAACUCUCACGAACCAUCUUAAACCUCCUCUUUUAUGUCGGUGCAUGUAAUGAUUACAUGAAAUACAAAAAAAUGAGAAAAAGGAAAAUUGAGAAAAUGGUGGAUUCUUCCACCACCGACUAAGUAAUCCCUAUAAAUAUCGGAUGAUGGGCAUGUUGAUGUACGUGAGAAAAAGAGUGAGCCUGUGUGAAAAACUUGUGAGUUGAGUGUGCUCCAUUUGUGAGGUUGUGAGUGUUAGCUCGUGUGUUCACUUUUGUGAGCUUGAGCAUUGCAGUUUCAAGUGUGCGCUGCAAGGGCGUUGGGUGUGUUAGCUUAUUGCAUGAGCCGAGGUGAGUUCUCUGGAGUCAUCUUUUGUAA